GUCACCCUCAUCACUGUCGCCCCCACUAACAUCACAAUCUUUCGCAGUUCCAUCGAAGCGUAUGAGCAAAACUCUCUCUCUCUCUCUCUCUCUCUCUCUCUGACUUCGCAUUACAUAAGCACUUAGGAUCUUCGUCUCCCCGCUUCUGCCCAUUUUCUCACACCAUCUCCCCACAUUCAUUAAUGGAAUGUUACCACCGGAGCAAUCAACCCGGAGGCCGACCCUGAGCUUCCUUGCCCUGUCUCCCACCAUGGAACGUCCGCACUCCUAAAUGGUGUCUCGAAGGGUUUAUGAAGAUGAGCACAGCAAGAGGCAGGGCUUCCACGAAACCGACGAUCAAGCAUGACCCUGGGAAGAUGGAGAUGCAGGGGACGAUGUCACGGGUCAGUUCAACAAAGUCAACCACUAGUCAAAGAAUCUCCAGCGGAGAGAAGAAGUUGGCCCUGCAACGAGAUGUUGAUAAGCUGAAGAAGAAGCUGAGACAUGAAGAGGAUGUUCGCAAAGCUCUCGAACGGGCUUUCUCUCGGCCACUUGGAACACUUCCCCGUCUCCCUCCUUGUCUCCCUGUCCAAACACUGGAGCUUGUAGCUGAAGUGGCCGUCUUGGAAGAGGAAGUCGUGAGGCUCGAAGAGCAAGUGGUGCAUUUCAGGCAGGAUUUGUACAAGGAAGCUGUCCACGUUUCCUCCUCCAAGAGGAGGCUCAAUCGUUCUCCAUCCAAUUUGAGCAGUUGCCUCAGCCGGACUGUGAAUCUCGAUCACAAGCUAGAAAAGCCGAAGUCCACACCAUCGAGGAUUAGGCAUAUGCAAUCUUUCUCUGAGGGAGGAGGCAAGGAAGAUGGCAUAUCGUGCAGCAAUCCCGUGAAGAAGGAAGUUCACUGCUCGACAGAGAAAGCCACUGAAACUCAGAAGUUUCAGCUCGAACGUCGAGUGAAAUGCCCAGAGAAUGCAACAGAAUCAAGAAAUUCAUUGGCUCCCGGGGAAGGAAUAGUCAGAGAUAACAACCCGAACAGGAUUUCAGAAGACAUUCUGAAGUGUUUGUCCAGCAUAAUAAUGAGAAAGAGCUCUCUGAAGAACCGCGGAACUGCUGAAAACGUACCUUUCUUAUCACCAUUGAUGUCUGGUAAUCACAGUGGAGGGAGGGAAUGCCGGGAUCCCUACUGCAUAUGCUCAGAGUACGGAGAGAGAGAUAUUGGUCCAUAUAAGGAUUUGCCUUCCAUUGAAGCCGGGUCCAUUAAACCAAGCCGAACGGGAAAUUACAUGUUUCUUGAGCAGAGAUUAAGAAUCCUCCACGGGAAACUGGCGAAGGUCAAGUUACGGAAUCUAACUCAUCAGGAGAAGCUCGCAUUCUGGAUCAACAUUUACAAUUCCUGCAUGAUGAAUGGGUACCUAGAAUACGGAAUUCCCGAGAGCCCGGACGUGGUUGUGGCACUUAUGCAACAGGCAACGAUUAAUGUUGGGGGUCAUUCACUGAAUCCCAUUACGAUUGAACAUUUCAUCCUGAGACUUCCUUAUCAUUCGAAAUACAACUUCCCAAAAGGUACAAAGAACAAUGAGAUGACAGCGAGGAGCAUGUUCGGGCUAGAACUCUCAGAGCCGCUUGUGACAUUUGCACUCUCCUGCGGGAGCUGGUCCUCCCCUGCUGUGAGAGUCUACACAGCGUCACAAGUGGAGGACGAACUGGAAGCGGCGAAAAGAGACUACCUGCAGGCUUCAGUAGGGAUUUCCCCGACGAAGUUUGGCAUCCCAAAGCUGCUCGACUGGUACCUCCUCGACUUCGCAAAGGACUUAGACUCGUUGCUCGACUGGAUCUGCCUCCAGCUACCCAGCGACCUCGGGAAAGAAGCGAUCAAGUCUCUUGAGAAGGCCAAAAGCAAGCCCCUUUCUCAGUUUGUUCAGAUCUUGCCCUACGACUUCAGCUUUAGUUUCCCGAGCAUUGGCGAUCCCAAGAGUCCCGCAAUAACUCCUUGGGACGGGCGUCGUCAUGGGAGGACUAAUAGAUCUCGCUGAAACAUUGCCAUCAACCAACUCAUCAAAGCUUCUCGGCCGCAACACCAUCGAUACAAGGGAUGUAGUAAAUUCAUUCCCAGGUUUCUUGUUCCCUAAGCUAAAGGUUGAAAACUAUAAAUUCAAGAUUAUCUACAAGACCACGCUCCAAUUCGAUCGGAGUCACCGUCUGGUGGUCCCUUCGAUGAUUGAAUCAAAUUCAUCCAUGAUAACAGGGAGAAGUGAAUCUGAGCAUGGUGACUUUACAAACUGGCACAAAUUUCAGAUAAGGCAUUAUCUCCUGCGCAUUUCCAUGAGACAUUCAGGUGGCAAACCUUUCUGUUAAAGUCAUUCUUCGUAAAAUAGUUAAGCAAGGCAAUUUUACAAUUUCACUUA